AUGGCAGUGCGGUCGGUGUUGGUGGCCCUGGUGGCUUUGAUGGCCGCUGUGGCCAUGGCCGAAGUGCCGCGCAUCCGCGUCUCGCAAACCCAGUUCUCCAUGGACGAGGGUAUGGCGGUGCAAAUCACGUUCUCCCUGACUCAGCCCUUCGUUUGCCCUCCCGAUGAGGAAUGUACCGUCACGGUGGCCCUCACCAAUGCCCACCCGGACUCGCUCUACCUCGAGACGUGCCACGUCAAGUGGCAGCAACACGAAUGGCACCAAGAUCGUGUCAUCCAAGUUCGUGCCACCGAAGACUUUGUGGACGACGCUGAGGAAACCUUCCUCCUCAUCACCGAGCCUGCCGUCUCCAACUCCAAGUUUUACACCCAGUUCAACCCUGCUGAUAUUCAGUUUACCACCAAGCAGCGCCCCACCGCCGCCUGCUCCGCCACCGGCGAUCCCCACUAUCGCACCUUUGACGGUCGCUACUAUCACAUUCGCCCCAACGGCAAGGUCGUGUUUUACAAGUCAAAGGCCGAAAACCGUGUUUUUGAGGUGCAGACGGACAUGUACCGCUUCAAUGGUCGCCCCGCCGUCCAGUGUGGUCUUGCUGCGCGUGAGGGCAACGAUGUCGUCGUUAUUAGCUGGUGCGCCACCGGUCACAACAUUGAAUAUCGCCUCUCCUGUGGAUCGACCGAGUGCGAUCAGGGCAAGUGGCCCCGCGUUGGCGUGACGAGCAGCUCCAAUCCCACGUACACCAUCGACUUUAAGUCUGGUGCCCAGGUCAAGUUUGACGUCCAUUACUGGAGCGCCAUCGGCCGCCGCUACAUGAACCUGUACGUCAAGGCCCCCGGCGUGGAUAAGGGUCUUACUGCUGGUGUAUGUGGCAACAACGACAACAACAACAAUAACGACGUUGCGGUUGGUCAUGAUCAGUGGAUCGAGAACCUGGCCACCCUCAGCAGCGAGCAGCGCACCCUCGAAACCGACCUCUUCAACUGGUACCCGGACCGUAACAACCUGGAGACAUCUCCAUAUUACGCUGAUGCCGAGGCUUGCCCCGUGCCCGCGGAUCCCUUUAUCCGCCCCAUCCUCAACCAACCCGACGUGGAGGACAUUACCGACCUGCUCAAGGACAAGCGUGUCACCAACGACGACAACCUUCUGGAGGGACUCGACUUUAACCUUGACGAUUUUGUCCUCGUCAACCCCAACCUGAAUCGCGCCGAGGCCCUCCUUCGUUGCGAGACAAUCCGAUCCAGCCUCGUGGCCCAGGCCUGCGUCGAUAAGUUCCCCAACCUGGAUCUCCAACCCUUUAUUGAGAAUUGCGCAGAGGAUCUCGUCGCCACGGGCGGUGACAACGAGUUUAUUGAGGUGGCCGUCGCGGAUUUGCAAGACGAAUGCGCCGACCUCGGCAACCGAAACAUGUCCACCUGGGAACUGGACAACAACGGCGAGCGCGUCCCCUCCAAGGACCUCCAAAAUGUCAUGUGCCCCACCUCCACGGAACAGCCCUGCUCUGGCAACGGCCAGUGCGUCGAGACCAAGUGCCACUGCAACGCGGGCUUCCUCGGCGCCGACUGCUCCGUCAACCCGAGCUUGCCCCCCGUCGUUGAGUCGGCGGAUCGUCCUCUCUGCGAUGGCCGUGGUCUGCUCGGCUGCGACAUUGAGGUGGCGAUCAUCGGCUCCAACUUUUACUCGAACGGCUCCAACGUUCGCUGCAUGUUUGGCGACCAAGUCACGUCCGGAACCGUCCUCGGCUCGGUGGAGGUGCGCUGCCGCCUGCCCACGAACCAGCACCGCUCGGCGCCUGCGCGCAGCGUUCCCCUUCGUGUGUCCACGGAUGGUGGCCAAACCUACUCUGCCCUGAACCCGGCCGUCACCUACACCUGGUAUGACUCUGUGUGUGAGAUUUGCAACGCCACCAGCUGCUCCCCCAACCCAGCCUCGUGCUUUAUUGAUGGUCAAUGCUACGUGGCCGAACAUGCCCGCCCCGACAACGUCUGCCAGCGCUGCAAGCCCGCCUUGGCGCAAACGGCCUGGAGCUACGACCACUCGGCCAACACGGCAUCAUGCGGUCCCGUCUUUGCCGCUGGCUCGUACACGGGCCUCAUUGUUGCCUCGGCCGUGGCUGACACUCUCCUCGUCACCGUCGAUGCCACCAACCCCCUACUUCAGUCAGACCCGAGCCACGUCAUCACCUACUCGAUUCAGGAGGGCGACGACGCUGAGUACUUUAAGAUCGACCCCACCAGCGGCGAGGUUCGCCUGACGCAGGACAUUGUCGUGAGCGAGUCCUUUGCCCUUAGCUUCCGGGGUUACAUGAUUGUCGUCGCCACCGACGAGCAGGGCCAAACCGCCUACGUCCCCGUGCACGUGCGCCUCCUGGCCGCCAACGAGCAGCCCCUGUUCGCUCGCGAUACGCUCAACUUUACCUUCCCCGAGUCCACGCAGCCCGGUUACACGAUUGGUCAGAUCACCGCCACCGAUACGGACGCCUUCUCCAACCUCGAGUACGCUUUCAUUGUGCAGGAGGCCGGCUUUGCGGGCGCCGUCACCGUGAACCGUACCACGGGCCAGGUCACGCUGAACCAGGCUCUCAACUACGAAGAGAAGAGUCACUACCGCUUUGAGCUUCAGGCCCGCGACGACGGCGGUGCUUCCGACUUUGUUGAGGUGCGCUUUUUCGUCACGGAUGUCAACGAAGCCCCCACCGACAUUCUGAUCAACUCGACUCAAGUCCCGGAGAACGGCGUGGACGUUCUUGUCGGUGUCCUCUCUGCCGUGGACGAGGACUUUGUUGACAGCCACACCUUUACCGUCCUUGCUGGUGACUUUGCCGUUGCUGACGGCAAACUCUACACAACCAAAGCUUUUGACUACGAGAACCCCGCUGAGCGUCAGACCUCUGUGACCCUGCGCGCCACCGACAAGGGGGGCCUCACCUUUGACAAGACGCUGACCAUCACCAUCACCAACGUCAACGAGCCGCCCACCGACAUCACGCUUGAUCAGACCACCUUCGCGGAGACGCAGAUGCGUCCCGGAGAGGAUCUGGCCAUCAUUACCGUGACAGACCCGGAUGUGAAUGAUGUCAUUGCUUGUGCCCUGGUUGACGAUGAUGAGGGUCGUUUUGCCGUUCUGGGGCAAGUGCUGAAGCUCGUCAAGGCCUUCAACUACGAGGCCGCCGCCGCGCAUGCCCUCACCAUUGCCUGCUUUGAUGAGGCAGGCGCACAGGUUGAUCGCUCGUUUGUUAUCACGGUCACGGACGAACAAGAGGCUCCCCAAAACAUUGUUCUCAACCAAGUUGUUGUGGCUGAGGAUGCUCCCGUGGGCACUAAGGUCGGUGUCAUCACCGCCGAGGAUCAAGACGCUGAUGCUGGUGCCAUGACCUUUGCCAUGGCCGAUCCUGAAGCGCCCUUUGAGCUCAAGAACACCCAGUGUGGUCUUGCUGCGGGCCGCAUGGUGUGCAGCGUUGACGUCUUUACCACUGGGCCCCUGGACGCCGAUCUUGAUGGUGGAGUCAUGUCCAUCCUCGUCCGAGCCACCGACAACAACGACAUGGCUGCCAUGAAGGAGCUGCAGCUCAAGGUUGAGAAUGUGAAUGAACCUCCCUCGGGUCUCAACUGGGUUGGUCAGACUCCCACUGUGCGUGAGGAUGCCGCUGACGGUGCCGUUGUCGGCCGUCUCGUGGUGGCCGAUGAGGACGCCGUCAACGCCGAGAACUCACCUCGCUACACCUUUGAGCUGCUCAACACGGACGGCGUGUUUGGCUUCCGUACCACGUCCAACGCCGACGCCCGCCGCCGCAGCAGCAGCAACGCCAACCGCGUCGAAGCUUAUGCCGCCGAGGUUGUGUUGCUGGACCACAGUCUGCUCAACGCCGAAACCAUGCAGGGCUACAUGCUCUCCGUCCGCGUCACGGACGAGGGCGGUCUGUCAGCGGCUUUGGACGCACCCAUCACCAUUGAGGACGAGCCCCUGCGCGUUGUGUUCAAGGCCACCAAUCUGGCCGUGGCCGCGGUCGCAGAGAACGAGCCUGCGCAGACCGUUGUGGGACAACUUGCGGUUGCCGGCCUCAAUGCCGGCCAGAGUGCCACCUCCUUUGCUUUGGCUAGUUCCUCUCACCAUGCCGAUGCGUUUGUGGUCCGCGGUCAAACGCUGCGCACCCUGCGUCCCAUCGACGCCGAGUACGAGUUCACUUUGGCCAAGAUCCUUGUGGCGUUUACGCUCAACACGGGCGAAACCAAGCAGAGCUACGUUGAAGUGGCCGUCACCGACGUGGCCGAGCCUGCCGCCUUUUACAAGACGCCCCAUCUGCACUCGGGUUCACCCGACACGGACGUGCGCAUCAACCAGACAAGCCCCGCCAACGACCUCAUGUCCUUCUUUGCCCUCGACCCAGAAGGUGACGCUUUUACGUUGAGCGUCUCGAGCAACAAUGACGCUUUGACCGAUAUUUUGAGCAUUGAUCAACAACCGGGCAGCCAGCAACACGUCCUCUCACUCUUGAGCGCCCCUACCCAGGCCAGCCUGCGCCCGGGCAACUACAAGGUGACGAUCACAGCCAAGUCGUCUGACGGUUUGGAGUCUUCGCAUCAGCUGACGCUCCGCGUGGCUGGCUCGGCUGAUCCCGAUGCCGCCCGCGACGCCUCCACCGGCACUGGCAGCAACAGCCAGGCUAGUACGGGCAUGAUUGGCGUUAUUGUUGGUUGCGUGGCCGGUCUUCUCCUGGUCGUGCUCGUUGUUCUCGUUGUCCUGCGCCGCCGCCAGCGUCGCGUCACCAUGGAUGCCAAAUCAACUUUCCAGCACAACGAGGCAUUUGAUAAUCCCACAUUUGUGGAUGCCCAGCAGACGGUGGCCUUUGUGCCCGGCGUGUCUAACCCCCUUUAUGAGUGGUAUGCUCCCGAUCUCACGCGCCAAGACGCCGCGGGCGAGCUCACCGAUCGCCCCGAUGGCGCCUUUGUCGUCCGCGACUCAAAGGCUACGCCCGGCUGGCACAUUCUUGGCGUCAAGGCCGGCAAUCAGGUCUUGCACGAGAAGAUUCGCCGGGAUGAGGAAGGCCUGUACGAGCUGGUCCCAUCAAACAACGAACCCCAGCCCGCCUUUUACUCGCUGCCCGAUUUGAUUCACUACUAUGGCAGUCAACGCGAGGAGGUGCCGUUUACUCUGGACUUUUCUGGCUUUAGCAACCCCAUGUACGCAGUGGUUGCCACCUCAGCCGGCGAGUCUUCCAGCAAUGGUCACUAUGCUGCUGCCGGUCCUUGGAUGCGGGAUAUGAACGCGCCCAUGGUGCCCCUCAAGGAAUCACAGAUGCACGCUGUCCAGCAGCUGGCCGGUGGCGAGGACAUUUACACCAAUGCCCAGGAAGCCAACGAAGCCCUUUCCAGCACGCUGGCCUAA